UGUGAUCAGUUGUCUGACCCCAAGACCCCGUGGGACGUCAGUAGUCACGUGCUGAGGGAACUCGGAGACUGGUGGCAGCGACGUGUGGCUGGGGCUGGACCUGACAGUCACAUGACACCUGAGAUGUUCAAGACACUGUUAUCGAGAUUUUGUGGUCCGGCGACAACAGUGACUGUGCCAUGCACAUCUACCCCGCGCCUGAGUGUCAAGACCCUGGGUCAGGCCGUCUCCCAUACAGGAGAGUGCUAUACUGCUCAAAUAAAACUUUUCCCAGAGCAGAUUGACCUGCUAAAAACGACUUUUUCCAGGCUUUUUAUAGCCGGACCUCCCGGUACAGGUAAAAGUGUGGUGCUGCUGCUGAUGGGCAUAGAAUGGCUGCGAUGUGGUCACCACGUCUACAUUGUGAGUUCUUGGAAAAGGAGUCGUGCAGCGAGCAUCAUGUUGUAUCACCUGUUGCUACAGACAGUAAAGACACAACAGUCAGCAGGUGUGUCACCCGGUCAGCCUCACCUCCUGCAGUACGAUUUUAAUGACACUAAGGAAGUGGAGAAGGCCGUCACCGACUUGUCACAGGAGGCUAGAGAAAGGGAAUUGUUCGUUCUUUCUGAUGAGGCGGUGCAUGAAUACAGAUCAGGAUUCCAUAAUUUCUGUAACAAACUGCUGACACACGUUCCCUGUCUACAUCUUUGGAUGGCAAGUUGUUACCAUGGAGACGCACCCGCCGACUGGAAAGUAGAAUAUUUAACCAGACCCCUCCGCUCUCCCCCGGCCGUUCUCAGGGAAGUUAGAAAGUCCAGGAACAUUACGAAAGAUGGCAAUGUCUGUGAAUACAGCCAGCGGGAUGUCCCCGACCACACAGACGGUCCGCCAGUCAAGCAGCUUUACCAUCGGGGUGAAGGCCACUCAUCUAGUUGGCUAGGUGACUGUGUCACGUGUGGUCGUGAGAUUGCCAUCUUCUUACACAGUCUCCGUGCUCCGGGUAGCAGCUGAAGGGGAGACUCCGCCCUGCCUGAUGUGGAAGGACAUGAUGGUGUUGUACUGGGAGGCUAUCAGUGACAACUCGGGUGUAGUGAACGGAUUGGAAGAAGCGGGUAUCCCAGUGCGGGUGAUGAAGGAUGACGACACUGAAGAUGUCGCAACAGCCCGCAGUGACGUGGUGUGGAUGGCGGAUGGAAGUCGUGUUUGCGGUCUGGAGAGGAAGGUCAUCGUGUGUCUAGGGACUAAUGACCUUUCUGUCCCUCUUCACAACAUGUCGAGACAGUUCGCGAGGACUAGAAUCGUCAUUCUCAGGGGUGAUAAUCAAGAGCUGUGAUGUACAUCGAGACAUGUUGUGAAGUGGUACAGAAAGGUCAUUGCUCCCAAGACACACGAUGACUUUUCUCUCCA